ACUUUAGAAGUCCACUCCGAAUCUCCGAUGCCACGUCUGCAUUCCCCUGCAGGGACUGGGAGGAGUCGGAGAACACAAGGAGCGGGAAAGGUAGACCUCGAAGGAUGCCGGAGUUACCGGAGGUGGAGGUGGCGCGGAGGGCGAUUGAGGAGCAUUAUGUAGGGAAGAGGAUCGUCCAAUGCUCGGUCGCCGACGACCCUAAGGUCAUUGACGGCGUCACGCCCUCGGAUCUAGAGUCCGCCCUCGUUGGCAAGACCAUCGUAGCAGCCCUCCGCAAGGGAAAGAACCUAUGGCUCCGCCUCGAUUCCCCGCCCUUCCCUACAUUCCAGUUCGGUAUGGCGGGGGCUAUCUACAUUAAAGGCGUGACGCUGACAAAGUAUAAAAGGUCUGCGGUGAGCGAUGCGGAUGAAUGGCCUUCAAAAUACUCUAAAGUGUUGCUUAAACUUGAUGAUGGAUUGGAGCUUUCUUUUACCGAUAAGAGACGUUUUGCCCGGGUUCGCUUACUUGAAGAUCCAGAAUCAGUAGCUCCUAUUUCUGAACUUGGCCCAGAUGCAUUGUUAGAGCUUAUGCCAAUCGAUGCCUUUAUGGAAUCACUGAGCAAAAAGAAGAUUGCAAUAAAGGCUCUUUUACUUGAUCAGAGUUACAUUUCAGGCAUUGGCAAUUGGAUAGCAGAUGAAGUUCUUUACCAGGCACAGAUUCAUCCUAAUCAAAUUGCUUCAAGCUUGUCAAGAGAGAGUUGCAAGGCAUUGCAUAAUUGCAUCAAGGAGGUUAUUGAGAAGGCCCUGGAAGUUGGAGCUGAUAGUAGUAAAUUCUCCCAGGACUGGAUUUUUCAUUCUCGCGAGAAGAAACCUGGGAAUGCUUUCGUGGCUGGGAAGAAAAUAGAAUUCAUCACAGUAGGUGGUAGAACUUCAGCAUAUGUACCAGAGUUACAGAAGUUAACUGCAAAUCAGUUGGAAGAGGCCUCUUACAAGAAAUCAGCCAAGACAAGGUCCAUCAAAAAGGUUGACAAGGAAGAAUCAACGAGUGAAAAAGAGGAGUCCAACGAAAUCUCAAAGAAAACGAAAGAUCCCAAGAGGCAGGCAAAGAAAACUGGUGAAACCAAAAACACUAGUAGUUCAGGCAAAGGGAAGACACAGAAACAAGAUGAAUCUGCACUCAGCUCGCUGAAGAAGAGAAAAGAAUCCAAUCAAGCUGAAACACGACAGAAGAAAGCAAAGAAGUAAGUUAUCUUAGAGGGCUAUUUUUCUUUUGCACCAGGAAGCAUCUUUAGAAGAAGCAUAUACCUAUAAAAUACUUCCGGCCUCAUUUUGUUUUAGGAUGUAGAUCUGUCGACUCUGUUAACUUUGCUUGUAAAUAUAUUAUGGUAACUGCCGCCGCCAUGAAAUCUUUUGCUAUUAA